AUGUCUGCCAACGAAGAUUUAGUGAUUUCGGGCACCAGAACAGAUUCAAUUUCGAAAAGAAGAGAUCUCUCGCACUCUGCAUUCCGUAAUCUUGGCCUCAAUUCUGUACAAACACUUCGAUCGGGCGUGAUUGGAGAAAGAGUUACGGUGAUCACUAACGAUGGUGAUUUUGGUUUAUUUGAGUGGCUUCCAACCGAAAUAAAACUGAAAAUAUGGAAAUACGCAUUCGAAGCUCCAAGAAUUGUUUCAACUUCAUGCAAAUAUAUUAACGGCGAUUCCUAUGGCCAUUAUCAAGUUCGACUUGUUGAUAGUGGUCAAAAAAAUCCUCAGCUAUACGUCAAUCGUCUGACUCGUCAACAAGCAAUUCAAAGAUUAAAUUGUUUAUCUCAAUGCAGCAAUUUAUCUACUGUGAUGCAAUUUGGCUCCGCGAAAUCGACUUCUGGUCAUGGCCAACCGAAGGGAGCCGCCACGCCAGCCUUUUGUCUUAUGUUUUUUCCUAUGAUUGGAUUGUCCCAAAGUUUGGUCAUUACUCUAUCAUCUCGAGAUGUUCUUGUGAAUUGGGAUAAUCUUCAUCGCUUAUCUAUUCUUCUUGUCCAUUGCUUCUGUGAAUUGCGGGAACUAAUCGUCAUUAUGGAGCGUCUUGAUUUCACAAUUCCUGGUGUACGCGAUGAAAUUACCUUUAUGGAUCUCACGCCGAAAAGUUUCCCAGAAGACAACGUUGUUACCCACCAUACACAAACAAUUCUUUCCUUAGGUAAAGAACUUGUAUUAAGCGUAAUUCACGGGGAGUGGAAGCCAAAUCAUUGGUACAAUUUGGUUUGUUCUAUGACACGGUCAAUAAAGUUCUAUUUCAUGCGGAAACAGGAGACAGUGCAGAAAAUGCCGAGUCUAACUAAGACUAAUCCAGCAGAAGAUUUGUACUGCGGUCUUCAGGGUUUCAAGACGAGUAUUGGGAUGUCGACUGUGGAUCAAGGAGACGACAAAGGUCACCAGCUAGUCCAGGUAUUUCGAAAAUGGACUGUACCGUCUGUAAGAUUUCUAGCCGCUACUACAUACAAGCAACUUGAGGAAAUAGAUCGCAACUAA